GAGCGCUGUUACUAUUCAAAUUUCGAUUCGUGAAUUGUCGAAUUGCUGGGGAAAAAAUGGUCGGAAGCAAAAUUCAGUCGGCGGCGUGGGUGAGCGAUAUGCUUCGGAGCAAAUUCUUCGAUUCCUGCAAAGAACACAGCGAAUUGAGGAAGAGCGAGAAGAAUUUGUUCUGUAUCGAUUGCAAAUUUCGCGUCUGUAAGCAUUGCGUCGCUUGUUCGUCUCAUCGUUUGCUGCAAAUCUGCAAAUACGUCUAUCAUGAUGUUGUUCGUCUGCACGAUAUCCAGAAGUUUCUCGAUUGUUCUCAGAUUCAGGCAUACAAAAUCAAUGGGGAGAAAGCUGUUCAUUUGAAUCCAAGGCCUCCGGGGAAAGAUGCAAAAGGUUCAAAGCCGAAGAUCGCCGGCGGCGGCGCUUCAUGCAAAACUUGUGGGCGACAUAUCCAAGAAUUCCCGAAUCGUUUCUGUUCCAUCGCUUGCAAGGUUUGGAUGGAAUCUGAUAUUACAACCCGCAGUAAGAUCCUUUCUCUGCCACCGGCUAAAAAAGUCAUCGAUCUUCCAAGCGUGGAUUCAAAACAAAAUUUCAACGAGAAUGGGUGUGGCUCGCCAUUACUAUCUCCGACAAACUCAUCGUCGUCAGAAGUAAUUCAAGCAUUGUCAAAUUCAAAUCUAAAGCCGAGGAAGACACUGCGCAAGCGAAAGGGUAUCCCGAGGAGGUCGCCCUUUUGGUAAUAUCCGGAAAAAAAAGAACACCAUUUUAUUUAUUGGUUCUUCGCUAUUAUAUGAUAGUUAAUUAUGUCGUGAAUUAAAAACUUUUUAAUACUUUUGGAUAUUAUUGAAAUAGCAUCGA